AUGGCAAGGCCCAUCGCCGAGAAGAAACGUGCGAGCAGCUCGACUGACUCUUCGAAGCCCCGCCGCUCGUCCCGGCUCCAUCCCUCUGCCAGUGGCAGUGACCCUGUGACCAAGGCAAAGACUGUUAAGAGGGCUAAGGGAUCUUCGCCAGUGAGAUUCACUCAGACUACUCCCCAAAAGUCUACCGGAAACAAAUUGCCUACACCUCAAUCUACCGCUUCGAAGGUACACAAGCGUCGAGGACGACCUUCGAAGGCCAAGACGUCCAUGAAACGCGGACAGGGCGCCGAGCAGGAAUGGGAGGUUGAGUCAAUCGAGGACUCUCUCAUUGACCGCAAAGGAGGCGUCCACUACUAUCAAGUCAAGUGGAAGGGCUUUCCAGCGAGUCAGAACACUUGGGAGCCCCGCGCCAGUCUGUCCAAGUGCAAGGAUAUCAUCACCGCCUUUCAACAGCGUGACAAGAAGACGCAGAAGUCCAAAAGAUAA